AUGGUGGGAACCCUAUACGCAAUCUCAACAAAUAUCUCGCCUCGACCAAUUUUUGCGCUGCAUGUGAUUUUUUUAACGCCGUUGAAACCCGCUGCGGCCGGGUUGCGGGUAACCCUCUCGCUGCGUUUCUCGAAGUAUAAAAAGCGGCUGCUGUUCAGCGUUGUGUUCCUCCUGGGUGUCUCCUCUCGCGCUACUUCUUGUGUUGGCAGAAAACGGUAUCCGCAAACGUCAAAACAAAGCCUUCCAAUUGAACCGCCCGUGGUGUCACACCGCGACUCUCUUAGGGCUUCUUACCGCGGUUGCGACCGCACCAAGAAUGCUCACAACCCAACGGUUUAUUGGAAACUAGUUUUCGGUAUAUCAAUGUAUACUACAUACCCUCUUUCCACCCCGGUUCGUAAAAGAAACUCGCGUGAGUGUGGUCGUGGGGGGGAGUACUUUCUCUCCUCUACGACUCACGAAUGCGUGAUCUGA